GUUCGCGCCCGAGGGCGAGGGCCUGGCGCUGGGCGGCCCUCCAACCCCGCAGGGCUGGGGCAGCUCUUCGGCCCUGGGGAAGGUGCUGGGGGCGGGACGCGGGGAGAGGCAUCUGCUCCCUGAAACCCGGCGUCCGGAGGCGGGGUGCGCGGCGGAGCCGAGCCGUCGGGAGACCCCUUGCGUCCCUGCGAGACAGAGUGAGCGUGGCGAGGACGCACGGCCCGAGCGAGCGCCCCGGCCGGCGGCUCCGGGAAGCUGAGUUCAGCAUGCUCCAGGGCCACAACCCCGUGUUCCAGGCCUUGCUGGGGACCUUCUUCACCUGGGGGAUGACGGCAGCUGGGGCGGCUCUGGUGUUCGUAUUCUCCAGUGGACAGAGACGCAUCUUGGACGGAAGCCUCGGCUUCGCUGCAGGGGUCAUGCUAGCAGCCUCCUACUGGUCUCUCCUGGCCCCAGCGGUGGAGAUGGCCACGUCCUCUGGGGGCUUUGGGGCCUUCGCCUUCUUCCCGGUGGCCGUGGGUUUCACGCUCGGAGCGGCUUUCGUCUUCCUGGCCGACCUCCUGAUGCCUCACCUGGGUGCAGCAGAAGACCCUCAGACGGCCCUGGCACUGAACUUCGACACUGCAUUGAUGAAGAAGUCUGAUCCCACGGGUCCCACGCUGCUCCUCCCUGAGAGUGAACUCUCCAUCCGGAUAGGUAGCACUGGGCUUCUUCCAGGCAAGCUCCCUGCUGUAGACGGCCAAGCCAGACAUGUAGACUUGGGGUGGGGUAGGAGAACCACGGGGGAGGUGCCAGGGCUCCGUCUGCCCCUCCAGGGACUCGGCCCACUGCUGCCUGAAAGCCAAACUGGCUCUGGCCUGAGACGCCUUUCUCAUCUGUUCUCAAACUUCCUGCUUGCUGUAAAGAUGGCACUGGCACCUUUUGAUCCUCUUUGCAAGGUGGACGAAUGGACAGGGUCAGGUUGAAUGGGUAGAGUGUGGGCAUUUGUCCCUCUGUCUCCC